UCUUGUGGGCGGAGUGUGCGCAUGCGCCUGUCCGCGCGGUCUCGCUGUCACUUCCGGCUGUUUGUCCGGGAAGCGGAUUCGGUCGGAACGGAACGCGCGGAUCCCGGGACCCGGCCCACCCACUGCACAGGCCGCCGUUGCCAUGGCCCGGGAUUACGACCAUCUCUUCAAGCUGCUCAUCAUCGGAGACAGCGGUGUUGGAAAGAGUAGUUUACUCCUGAGGUUUGCGGAUAACACUUUUUCAGGCAGCUACAUUACAACAAUUGGAGUUGAUUUUAAAAUCAGGACAGUAGAAAUCAAUGGGGAGAAAGUGAAACUGCAGAUAUGGGACACUGCCGGGCAGGAGAGAUUUCGGACAAUAACAUCAACAUAUUACAGAGGGACACACGGUGUUAUUGUUGUUUAUGACGUUACCAGCGCAGAGUCCUUUGUCAAUGUAAAAAGAUGGUUACAUGAAAUAAAUCAGAAUUGUGACGAUGUGUGUCGGAUAUUAGUGGGAAAUAAGAACGAUGAUCCUGAGCGGAAAGUCGUGGAGACUGAAGACGCCCAUAAAUUUGCUGCACAGAUGGACAUACAACUGUUUGAGACUAGCGCCAAAGAAAAUCUAAAUGUCGAGGAGAUGUUUAAUUGCAUUACCGAGCUAGUUCUCCGAGCAAAGAAAGAAAACUUGGCAAAGCAGCAACAGCAGCAACAGAAUGACGUGGUGAAAUUAACCAAAAACAGUAAAAGGAAAAAGCGAUGCUGCUAGGUGCAGGCACAGCACACAGGGGCUGCUCUUAAUCCGAACAUUCGUUCCUGGAAUGAAGAGCAACUGUGCCACGGGCAGUGCCCAGCUUUCAGGGGUUGGGGCAUUUUCUCAGUUUUGUGCUGUUAAUUUAAGAAUUUCUCAAGGUUUUCUAUUGAGAGGCGCUGACACCUUUUUUAUUGCUGUGCCAACAAGGUGUUGUGGAUCCUUGUCAUCCCUUGUCACCCCUGCUCUUCUGGAGCGUCUGCUAGGAAAGGACAGUUGCAGUGCCUACCCCUUGGACUGAUUAACAAGAGUCUGUACAUACUGUAAAUUGCGUUAACCAGCCUCGCCUCCUUCCUAUUGCUUUGGCUUUCGUCUUACGAUCGCCACACUGUCGUAACAAGCGAAUAUAAACUGAUCACAUUUUUAAAGACUUAGGACAGUUGGCAUCUUUAACCGUGCGUCUGGUGUCUGUCCUGCCUACUAGGGUAAGAAUCACUAGGCCUCGCUGUUAUAUUUGCUUCCCCGCUGUUUAGUUUUUUCCGUCAAUAUUUAAAACCAUGCUAAAGAAAACCAAGCAUCUAUUACAUUGACCAGAGCAGGACUUACGACUACAAAGUCAUUUUGUUUUUAAUGAAAGGCUGGAUGGAUCCUGAACUGUUAGCAGUUGUUUGUUACAAUCUCUAUCUUAAAAAACACAACAAAAAACCAUGAUGUGAAUUUAACAAAUUCUGUGGG